UUUUCCUCAGUCUGUAAGCCAAAGAAAUCUCCCAAUUUUGAAAAAAAAAUUAUCAUCCAACUCCAUUUCAAUUAUGUUGCUGGGAUUGCAAAUGCAGGAAAGCAACUCUUGAUUAUUUAUUUGAUUUUUGGUUGGUUGAAAAUGAUCCAACACUUGGAAAUCAUCUAUAUAAUGUCUUCGUUCUUGAAAUGUUGCUUCACAAAUCACAACGUGAAGAAGAAAACCCCACGGUUAAAGAAAUCAGAAGAGAUUAUGGAGAGGCAGCAUGCAAGCAAUGAGAAUGAAGAGAUUCUUGAAACUGAGCAGAAGCUGAAUCAUGAAUCAGACAAUCACUCCUACAAGCCUACUUCCAACAUCAUAAUCAACCAUGAUUUUUCUGGAGGACUUCACCAAUGGCACCCCAAUUGUUGUGUUGCCUUCGUCACAUCACAAGAAACCGGGCAAUCCGCCAAACUAACCGGCCGGUUCGCUGUCGUCUCGAACCGGAAAGAAUGCUGGCAAGGCUUGGAGCAAGACAUCACCAACCGAGUCUCUGUAGGCUAUACCUACACCAUCUGUGCUUGGGUCGCGGUGUCGAGCCUGCAGGGCGUCACGGACGUGCUGGCCACGUUGAAGCUCGAGAGCGGAGACGACGAAGUUAGCUACAAGUUCAUUGCAAAAGUUGCCGCUUCCUCGGAGCGAUGGGAGAAGGUGGAAGGCACGUUUUCGCUGCCUACCGUGCCUCGUCGCGUUAUAUUUUAUCUUGAAGGGCCUUCGCCCGGCAUUGAUCUGUUUAUAAGAUCGGUAGUCGUCUCGGGUGACUCCUCCACUAAGUGUGGUGAUGAAAGAACAGAUGGUGAUGAGAACAUCAUACAGAAUUCGACAUUCGAUAACGGCCUCAACAGCUGGUCCGGGCGAGGUUGCAAGAUCGCAUUGCAUGAUUCGAUGGCUGACGGGAAAGUUCUUCCGAAGACCGGAAAGUCCUUUGCAUCAACCGAAAAUCGUACGGACUCUUGGAACGGCAUCCAGCAGGAGAUAACAGGGAGAAUUCAACGGAAGCUCGCCUACGAGGUCACUGCUUAUGUUAGAUUGACCGGCAACACUAGUGUCGCCAACGCAGAUGUCCGGGCCACGCUUUGGGUCCAGGCCGCGGAUCAACGAGAACAAUACAUAGGAAUUGCACAUGUGCAAGCAACAGAUAAAGAUUGGGCGCAGUUGCAUGGGAAAUUUUUGAUCAAUGCGUCUCCGGCUAGAGUAGUUAUCUUCGUCGAAGGACCACCUCCGGCUGCAGACAUCCUCCUCGAUAGUCUGGUCGUAAAGCAUGCUCCCAAAGUCCCGCCCGCGUCUCCACCGGUCAUUGAGAAUCCUGGUUUUAAUGUCAACAUAAUUGCCAAUGGCAAUCUAAGCGAUGGUACGAACGGGUGGUUCCCCCUCGGGAACUGCAACCUAGGCGUUGCAAGUGGCUCGCCUCGUGUUUUGCCCCCGAUGGCCAGGGACAGCCUCGGGGCCCACGAGGCUCUAAGUGGGCGCUACAUUCUUGUGACGAACAGGACACAGACAUGGAUGGGGCCGGCCCAGAUGAUAACGGAUAAGGUGAAAUUGUAUCUGACAUAUCAAGUGUCUGCAUGGGUUCGGGUGGGCAAGCAGGCGACUCGGCCACAGAUCAUCAACGUCGCCUUUAGCGUGGAUGGUCAAUGGGUGAACGGUGGCCAAGUCGAGGCGCCUGAUGGCGAGACGUGGCACGAAAUGGGUGGAUCGUUUCGAGUUGAGAAGCAACCUACAAAGGUGAUGGUUUAUAUUCAGGGCCCUGAGGCCGGUGUGGAUUUGAUGGUGGCCGGAUUGCAGAUUUUUCCGGUCGACAGACACCAUCGAUUCAAAACGCUCAAAAAUCACACAGAUAAGAUACGCAAACGUGAUGUUACCUUAAAGUUGACAUCGUCUGGUUCGACUCCGGUGGCCGGGGCCUUAGUGAAAGUCCGGCAAACACAGAACAGCUUCCCGUUCGGAUCCUGCAUCGGCCGGUACGAAAUCGACAACGAGGACAUCGUCAAUUUCUUCACAAAGAACUUCAACUGGGCCGUGUUCGAAAACGAGCUAAAAUGGUACUGGACCGAGCCGCAAAAGGGGAACUUCAACUACAAAGACGCAGACACCUUACUCAACCUAUGCACAAGCCACAACAUGCAGCUCCGCGGCCACUGCAUCUUCUGGGAGUCCGAGGGUGCCGUCCAGUCCUGGAUCCGGGCCCUCAGCCAGACGGACAUGAAGUCCGCGGUUGAAAGCCGGAUCCAGGACCUUCUGACUAGGUACAAGGGCAAGUUCAAGCACUACGACGUGAACAACGAGAUGCUCCACAACUCGUUCUACCAGGAUCACCUGGGGAAGGACAUCCGGGCCGAGAUGUUCAAAACUGCAAACAGUCUCGACCCGUCCGCCCUCCUCUUCGUGAACGACUACAGUGUCGAGGACGGGACGGAUGCACGUUCCAGUCCUGAAAAGUACAUCCGCCACAUCCUGGCCCUGCAGGGCCAGGGUGCCCCUGUAGGGGGCAUAGGCGUACAGGGGCACAUAACUAGCCCUGUGGGGCCAGUUGUGUGCUCUGCCAUGGACAAACUGGGGACGCUGGGCCUCCCCAUUUGGUUCACGGAGAUCGACGUCACGUCGGACAACGAGCACGUCAGGGCGGACGAUCUCGAGGUCAUGAUGCGCGAGGCCUUCGCGCACCCUGCGGUCGAGGGGGUGAUGCUGUGGGGGUUCUGGGAGCUGUUUAUGAGCCGGGACGGCGCGCACUUGGUGAACGCGGAAGGGGAUCUCAACGAGGCCGGGAGGCGGUACCUCGCGCUUCGGAACGAGUGGACGACGCGGGCUCAUGGCUACGUGAGUGAUCAAGGGGAGUUUGUGUAUAGAGGGUUUCAUGGGGAGUAUGAGGUUGAAGUGGUGGAUGUGCAAUCCAAACAGAAAGUGAACAAGAAGUUUGUGGUUGAUCAAGGUGAAGAACCGGUUGUGAUAGCAAUUAAUGUGUAGUCCUCAAUUAUUACAACAUUGGCAACUGUAUUGGAUUUGUGUGUGAAGUUGUCAAUGAUAUAUUGGUGGGUAUGAUAUUUGAUACAACUGAUGCCUAAGUCUAAUAUAUGAAUUACUAUAUGAUAAAACAUUUAGCGUCA